CGCCAUCUCAAACAUACAGGAACCCAGCGUGUACCUGGAAUACGGCCCGUCUGGAAUCAACUCUAGGAACUACACUCUCAUUACACAGUGGACAAGGGGAGCUUUCUUUGAGCUGCUAAACAGACACAGGAAGCCACAACUUGUGAACAUUAGCUGGCAGAUUUGAAUUCUGAGGACGUGCCAGUCACAGGACUGUGGACAGAAGAUCUGGAAUACACAUCCAUAUUAAUUUCCUUUCCUGCUUCAUAAUAGGUGACAUGUACUGUAUUUACAUUCUCUAGUUUUGUUUUAAGGCUCCUUAAAUACAUUAUACACAACUUUAACUGUAGGGUCAUUCAGGUCUGUUUUGCUUUAAUGUUAUUGGCUUAAGUAUCUACUGGCUGUGAAAGUAAUUUGCUCUGUCAAUGACGUCAAAUAAGAUGUUCACCAAAAACCUCAUCUCAACCCUUUACACAAACGGCUCAAACUGGAUUCCUAAACAAGAUUAGCAUCCUAAAAGAGUUUAAAUGACAGAAGGCAAGGUUGUUAUCAAUCCUUAAUCCCAAACUUUGUUCAUAAGAAGAUCAGGAUUUGAAGCUGAUCUUCAAAUUACUUCUAAGUGGUUUAGGACUUUAUAACAGGGUCCCUCCGAACUUCUCGUUCAUGCACAAGACAAGAAAGGGUGGGCUGAGGAUGGCAGGGGCUGAAGAAUUUUACCUCUUCGAAAACAUAUCCUCAGUGGGUCCGUGGGAUGGACCCCAGUACCACAUCGCCCCAAAAUGGGCAUUCUACUUACAAACGUUAUUUAUGGGUUUUGUGUUUUUUGCAGGGACCCCUUUAAAUGCCAUUGUGCUCAUAGUGACAGUGAAGUACAAAAAGCUACGACAGCCACUCAAUUAUAUACUGGUCAAUAUAUCCUUUGCAGGUUUUAUAUUUGUUACCUUUUCAGUAUUCACGGUAUUCGUCUCAAGUUCUCAAGGCUACUUUGUUUUUGGGAAGACAAUAUGUGCGAUAGAGGCAUUCCUGGGAUCAGUUGCAGGGUUGGUGACAGGGUGGUCUCUUGCCUUCCUAGCCUUUGAACGAUACAUUGUCAUCUGCAAACCCUUUGGAAAUUUUCGCUUUGGCUCCCAGCAUGCCCUGAUGAUUGUAGCAACUACCUGGGUAAUUGGGUUAAGUGUUGCACUGCCACCAUUUUUUGGCUGGAGCAGAUACAUCCCUGAAGGCCUUCAAUGUUCGUGUGGGCCUGACUGGUACACAACGGGCACCAAGUACAAGAGUGAAUACUACACCUGGUUCCUUUUCAUCUUCUGCUUCAUCUGCCCACUCAGUCUCAUCUGCUUUUCAUACUCACAGCUUCUUGUAGCUCUCAGAGCAGUAGCUGCCCAACAGGCUGAGUCAACAACGACGCAGAAGGCUGAGCGUGAAGUCUCCAGGAUGGUCAUUUUCAUGGUGGGCUCAUUUGUUUUCUGUUAUGGCCCCUACGCAACACUUGCCAUGUAUAUGGUAAAUAACAGAGGGAAUGAUCUGGAUCUGCGUUUGGUCACCAUACCGGCUGUGUUCUCAAAGAGCUCCUGCGUCUACAACCCACUCAUCUAUGCGUUCAUGAACAAGCAGUUCCACGCCUGCAUCAUGGAGACUGUGUUUGGAAAGACCAUGACAGAUGACCCAGAGGUGUCCAGCACAAACAAAACCGAAGUGUCAUCUGUCUCCUCCAGCCAAGUCAGCCCCAGCUAAGAGGGAAAAAUCUUCCAUCACCAAGACCACGACUGUUUUUCAUCCUCAAUGAGAAAUAGAAGGGAAAUGUCAAUAGAACAAAAACCUGCUCAAAUACUGAGCUGCUUUUCAUAUGGUUCCUGUACUGUAGUCACAAAAAUGAAUAGCUAGCGCUGCUUGGGUUUCAAAUGUAAGACUUCGAAGACUUGUCUAUAAAUUUUGCAUCAGCACCAAUAUUUAAAAAAACAAAAUACAAAACAGCAGUAUAGAUACUGCAGUGUCAACCCACAGAUAUCUGACUUUUGUUAUGUGCACUUUUUGAGGACACUAAAGGCUGUAUUUUCAUAACCACAUAUACCAAAUGUACAAGUUAAAUAAAAAAGCACUAAGACAAAUACCUUUUUGUAUAAACGCCUUUAGUGCUGAAAUGCUUCUCAAUUAAAUUAUAUUAUUAUUUGUUUAUUUAGCAGACGCCUUUAUCCAAGGCGACUUACAGAGACUAGGGUGUGUGAACUAUGCAUCAGCUGCAGAGUCACUUACAAUUAUGUCUCACCCGAAAGACGGAGCACAAGGAGAUUAAGUGACUUGCUCAGGGUCACACAAUGAGUCAGUGGCUGAGGUGGGAUUUGAACC